CCUGGUCUUCUGGAGGAAAAAAACCCCGCUUGUUGCCGAACCCUGCCAUAAUGUAUCUCACCAGAGCUCCGCCAUAUUGUAUCUCACCAGAGCUCCACCUUAAUGGCCAGGUGCAGCUGACAUCUCUAUUGGAGGACUGUAACAGAUGCACCUGCCUUGAGAAGUGCAUCUCCUUUAUCCUCCCUCCAUCCCCUUUUAAUCCUCCUCCUCUUCCUCCUUUUCAGUGUCUCCCCAGGGAGAUGAGAGACAUCUCCUUGAGUGGCCUGAUAAUAAGCUGAGUGGAGCGCUGCUGACGAACACCCCCCUUCUUCCUUCCUCCAUCACUUCUUCCUCCUCCCCUUAGGCUCUUACCCCCUCCCACACACACACACACACACACACACACACAUACACCAGGGCUGAAUCACCAGGACCUGCUUCAGAGCGAUGCCAUCUCCAUCAUACCAGACAGCUGUGCUUGAGUGUGUGCCUACCUCAGCCUGCCUCUCUCUCUUUCUCUCUUGAUUUUUCUCCUGUCCCUCUCGCUUUACCCCACCCUUCUCUUUCCUUUCUCUCUACCUUAGACACUCUCAUCCACUCCCGCUUCUCUCUCCCUUUCCUCCCUCUUUCACUCCUCCUCCCUCUCUCUCUCUCUCUCUCUCUCUCUCUCUCUCUCAGGCUGUCCUUGACGGUGCUCUGUGGAGGAGCAGAGCACUGUAGUGCUGGGUUGUGCAGGAGGAAGCAGACAGCCAGCCUUUGCCCAGUGGAUACAUUCUGUUCCGUCUCUUCCAACGCUGCUGCCGUUACCCGGGAUACGCAUUCGGCCUGCCGUGCUGCCAGGGGAGUCGAGGGCUGAUGUCAGUCUGCCAUGUCGGCUGAGUGCCAACCUAAGGGGAACGCAUUUUAAAGUGCCCAUUGCGCCAUGUCUGCCACACAGCUGGAGGAGACAGAAAAUGUUUUUGACCUAAACGAGGCCAUCCCAGAGACAGAGCUGCUGGACAACAGCAUACAGAAGGGGCGUGCCCAGCUGUCCGUCAAAGCCAGGAGGCACCGCCCCUCUCGCUCUCGCUUCCGAGACAGCGUCAGUUCCACAGAGGGAGAUGACAGUCUGGAGAGGAAGUGUCUGGACAGCCCUUUGCACUCCGUCAGUUCCCCCCUCCACUCCACCCUGCGAGGAGGCUCCUCCCCUUCGCCUGAUUCGCUCCUCUCCUCGUCCUCCCCAUGUCCCACCUUACGGAGCCCGGUCUUCUCCUUCGACACCUCCUCCUUAAGGCGCUCCCCGGAGGAGGGCGGGACCGGGUCGCUAGCCACUCGGGGGCGGUACCGCCAGCUGACAAAUGCCACGUCUCAGGAGGCCCUGUUGACCACGCCCAACAGCUCUCCCUCCAAGUCGUGUCCCAGUUCGGACUGCUCGCCUGUUUACAUUCGUCGGGCACGACGCCCAGACAGUGAGGUGUUAGUUUCAGAAAACAGUCGAGACACAAGCCCGGCCGACCCCGGCAACAACAGCCUUAUCUUCGACAAGAAGACCAAGAGGAGGUUCUUGGACCUGGGGGUCACAUUGAGACGCUCCUAUGUGAGAGUCAGAAAAGACAAGUCAAACAGACUGUCAAUGGGAAGCCGGGAGUCAUCUGAGAGCCCGUCCAGGUCCUCUGGCUCGUUUGUGCCUUUCUCCUGGUUCACUGACAGCGCCAGGGGCUCUGUGUCCUCCGGGGCAACCCCGCCCUGCUCCCCCAAACUGGUCUCACAGGACUGCAGCCCCCGCAAGUCCAACUCUCAGGAGUCUGCCCUGAGUGAUGAGUUCUCUCCUCCCCCCCGUAGUCCCCCCCACGCCUCCAGUGGGACCACAGCCGACUCGUCCUCCCGCUCCUCACAACGCUACCAGACCCUCUCCCAGUCCUCAGACGAGCCUAUUGACGAGCCACUGUGCCUCGUGUCGUCGUGGAGCACCCAGCAGGUGUGCCAGUGGCUGAAGGGGUUGAACAUGGAGCAGUACAUCCCAGAGUUCACUGCCAGAGACAUCGACGGGGAGCAGCUCCUCCUGAUGGACGGCACCAAGCUCAAGGGUCUGGGAGUGAACAGUUCUACGGACCGCAGUGCACUGAAAAGGCGGAUCAGAGACAUUCACGCAGCAGCGGAAAAGGAGCGCAAGGCCCUGGACAAACUGGAUCGCCAGAAAGAGAAACAGCGCAAAAAGGAUCAGGAACUACGCAAGCUAAACACAAGCUAGACAUAACCACCAGAUGGCGCUAAAUUACCACAGAAAUACUCCUGACUAGAAACUGGUGCUGGUGCACCAUCUCCAACUUUCACAUUAUCAUGAUAGCAUUGAUGCUAAGUGGAGUUUUGUGCAAAACGUUGGAAUUUGCGCAUAGACUUUUGUACUGUACCUCUGGUUUGGAUGUGAGGCUUUGAACCCUGUGAUGGGCGGGACAGUGUGUUGUCAAUCACUGACACGUGAUCAAUAACAGAAUGAAAGCUCAAUUAACUUCUUGUGGAACGGCUUUAUUUUAGACCAAGGUCGGAACCCAAAGUGGGCAUGUGAGAGGUGGGUCGCGAGCUAUGAGAAUACAUCUACAAUCACACACUAUUUAUUCUUAAUUUGGUUAGUUGGGGGACAAUUUGGGUCACGGCAGGACUGUCAAUUUCUAAUUUGGGUCCAGAGGUGAAAAAGCGUAAGAACCCAUGUUUGAGACCAAUCAGUGGUUGACGCAACAUGAUAGGUCCCGCCCAUAUUGGGGUUCAGAUGUCUCAUUCUUCCUGGCUAUGACAUGUGUUCUUCUUUGUCAAUCAGUGAGGUUAUCCACCCUUGCGGAAAAUGACAAAUAUUUUGUUACUCGAAAUGAAUGUGUGAUAUAUCGGACUUCUACACGCAUUCAAUGCAUUGACAAAGUCAUACUUUUCCUAUAACUUUUGACUGUACUCUCCUACAGCACAUUACACACUAUAAAACCUAACCCAUGGUCUGAGUUAUCGAAAUAAUCUAAUUACAGAAAUUUGCAUUUAUUUAUUUUACGAAGAAUAUAAUCACAGAAUUUAGCUUUUAUUUAAAAAAAAUCUCAUAACCACAAGCACGUAACACCCAACCACAUUCAUAUUGAUGUAUGCAUCAAUACUCUGUAAGCCACUGUCAGUGGACUGGAGUUAAACUUGAAGUAACAUGAAGAUUUGUCCAGGACAUUGUCAAGAUUAGAUGCUGAUGAGACCGAUGUGAUUUUUGAGCAUAUUUAUAAAUACUGUAUGUUUGUGGUGUACGUGCAUGUUUGUGACGUACGAUAUACUGUCUGUUUGUGUGUGUAAGUGUGCAUAUGUGCUAUCUGAGGUAAUUUCUUUGGUAACGACUGUAUGGGGAUGGGACUGGCUCUCCUGAAAAAGGAGUCUUCUGAGGUGGCCACUUUUAGAAUUCGGGGUGUUGUCAAUCUUCUGUCUCUACUCCCGCGUUGCGCCAAUCGUCAUCUUAGACGUUUUUUGUCUUGAGAGACUCUGAAGUUUUUGAAUCCUGCUGGAACAAGACAGAGACACAUCGAUCCUCUUUGGAGGAUUCAGGGCCCCGUAUACCAUCCAAGCCGUAUUCCCACUUUGCCCAGUUUUCAUACUGAAUUCUUGGACUGGUUUGUGGUCAGAAGACACGGACAUUAGCUCCAGGUUUUACACAUACACGAUCCUUAGGACUCGUUUCUUGAUUUCCGUCCGCCCGUUUAUUUUCAACUCCUGUUGUCAAAUGGAAAUAUGUAUUAAAUAUGUUUUAAAAUGCA